AACUCAAUUUGGACAAUGAAGAAAAUAAAGAAAAUAUAGAAGAAGUAAGAUAUCAGGUCAGAUCAGUGCGGUGUGCAGCUCAUACACUGCAAUUAGCAGUAUCGAACACACUAAGAGAUAGUACAAUUUCGGCAAUUAUAUCCGAAGCGAGAAACGUCUGCAAAAAAUUACAGUUGCCGGUUGUUAAAAGCUUACUGAAAGCAAUGAAGAAAAAAAAACCGAUUCUGGAUUGUCCAACGCGGUGGCACUCAACGCUAGAUAUGCUCAAGCGUCUUUUAAGUCUGGACGUGUUUAUGGAACGGAAAAGUCGUGCGCAAAAAAUGGAAUGGUCAAAUGAAAGAGCUCUACAAUUAAUAGAUGAAUAUGAGAAGUUACCAGUGUUGUGGGAUGCUAAACAUUCAUUCUAUUUCAAUCGCAAUAAAAAAUUAGAUGCUUGGGAAAUAAUUGCGAAUAAUAUAAAAAUAGACGAGAAUAACGAANAACAAGAAAAUGACGCGUUUCUANCAAAUUUAAAUUCUCAANAAGAUCUAUCNAAUUUAGGCGAUCAAGAAAUAGAUGAUGACCCCUCAAAUGAUUCAACAAUAGAAAAAAUCCCGUUCACUACUCCAGAACCAAAACUAAAGGAAAGAAAACUAAAUGAUAAGAAGGAUGACGCAAAAUUAGAAGAAGCAUUCAAAAUUCUUAAAGAAUCGGCUACAAGGAAAGAAAUACCACCUGAUGACUCUGAUAUGGGAAAAUACGAUAACUCUAAUCCUACUUCUUUUAAUUAUGAAAAUAUUUCAGUUUCAAAUUAUUGUUCUACAUAUUCUUAUGAUAAUCAACAUCCAGUUAUAACAUCCAGUCUACUACCGUCUCCAACAUUUUCUGCAACUAUGUUUCUGGAUGCAAGGUUCAAUAUAAUAUUAAACAAAGAACAGAAUGCACAAGCCAAAAAUCAUUUAACACGUACGUGGCAGUACAAAGAAAAAAUGAUAGAAGAACAUGAAAAAGGAUUAUUGCAUAACAGACGUGCAUCAACUUCCUCCAAUAUAAAUGAGGAUGAAACUGAAAUAGAUGACGUUGAAAAGAUGUUGAGGGAAUUAGAGAAGAAAAGACGCUGUCAAGACAAUUCCAUGCCUUCAAUAAAUAUUUUGAAUAUGUUACAAAUUUCAGAAGAGGAAUGUUAUCACUGUAUGGCCACUUUAGUAGCAGCCAAAGAAAAAAUGUUUAUUACUCAAACCAAACUCCUCUAUGAAGUUACGUGGAAAACAGUAGAACAAAUUACUAAGAAACAUGUUAAAUCAGCUGCUGUUCAUUUAACGAGGCAUUGUUCCGGCUCGAGAGCAGAAAGAAUCUACAUGGACUGGAUCUGGUGGAUUCUGCAACUUCUUCCAUUUCAACAUCUAGUCAGGAUUAUGGACUGUUUUCUUCACGAAGGCAUUAAGGUCUUCUAUCGGGUUACUAUGGCUAUAGUAUUAUUAUUCUAUAAGCACUCUUCGCCACAAAAUUCGGAAUGGAUGAAUGAGAUUUCGAAAAAUGGCAUAGAUGCUGCUUUAUCAAAAUUUUGUAGACAAAUACCUGUAACACCCGCCAAGUUUUUACGAACGGCCUUCGGUAUUCGUGGACUUAGUUCAGCAUACAUAUCACGAGUAUUUCUGCGCACGGAAAUGGCUCUCAAAAGCAAAAAUGUUUUGACAGGAUCUCGAUCUUUGGCCAGAUCACGUUCGACAGACAACUUACCUACAAGUCAAUCUCAAGUUAACAUCCAAAUGAUGUCACACACACUCACAAUACGAGAAAAAGAAUGUGAAGACACGUACAAAGACAGGUUGUUUACUUUAUGGUCGUGGCUGCCAAUGAGAAUCACGAUGUACCAGCCUAUUUUAUUAUAUACGACUGAAGAACAUGGAUGCUCUUUAACUACAUUCUACGUGCGUGUUGAACAACAUGAGCCGACUCUUUUAAUGAUAAAAACAUGUAACAAUGAGGUAUUUGGGGCUUACUGUUCUACGAGAUGGUGUGAACGUAAUUUAAAGGAUGACAAAGGACAAAGACAAGCAUAUUUUGGUACUGGUGAAACAUUUUUGUUCAGUUUAUAUCCAGAACGAGCCAAAUAUCCUUGGGUAGGCAUGGAUUCAUCACACAACGACUCCAAAGUACAUCAUUCAGCUGAAUUAUUUAUGGCUGCGGAUUCAAAAAUGAUUACCAUCGGUGGCGGAGAUGGGCAGGCAAUCUGGAUGGAUGAGAAUAUAAGAUUUGGCAAAACGGAUCGGUGUUCAACAUUUAAUAAUCCACCUCUCUGCGCCAGCGGUGAUUUUGAAAUCAGAGUAUUAGAGGUGUAUGGUUUUGCGGGUGCUUGAAAAAAAUAUGCAAUGGUGUAUUAUUUUGUUUAUUUUCUACUGCCAUUCAGCGACUCUCUUUCUACAUAUAUGUAAAACUCUAAACACAACAUACUAUAUAUUAAGUAUCUUUCUUGUUAGAAAAUCUACUUACAAAAAAUGAGAAAUUAUGACGUAAAUGAGAAAUUGGUCUAAUGCAUAGAGAUAAAAUAUAUUCUAUUAUAUUUGGUUGUACAUAAAUAUAUCGUUUUUUUUUGUUUUUUCGACUUAUACAUAAUUAGUUUAAGUAUAUAUAAAUACAAUUUAAUACAUAUAAACACUAUAAAUUUAUGUUAUACGGAUAAUUUUCAAGCAACUAAGUCAUAGUUUUGUCUUAAAUUGAACAAAUGUCAUUCUGUGCAUUGCACAUAUUUUUAGUAAAAGUAAAGAUUUUGUAGAAAAAACUUUUUGUGUUAACAUGUAGUUUUCGCUAUUAGUGGCAGUAAUUCAUCAACAUCGAAUAAUGAUUGAUUAAUAUAUCUAUUAAAUAUAUACAAAUAUGUUUGAGGCAAUUAUUUAUCAACGAAAUAGUUGUCAAGUAUUGUCGUUAGUGAUAUUAAUUGCUUAUAGAUUCAUAAAGCAAAUGUGUGUCUUGCGAGUCUAUAAGCUUUAUGUCUAUAAUUAUAAUAACUGUUGUCGAAAAUAUUAUAAUUACAAAGUAUUGCAGGCAAUAAAAUAAGUUUAGGUGCCUAUUAAUCCUUAAGCGCACAAUUAUAAGAGUGUGUUUAUAUCACAAAAGUAUUAUGCACACAUACUCCUUAAGUAAGUACAUACCCUAACGAAGUGUAUCCGCGAUUGUUUAGCAGUAGUAUAUAGGACUUACAAAUAUAUAAUAUAUUAAGAUGACAAGAAGAGAGACGAGACUUUGGCACAUUACCUUUGCCACUUAAGAUUAUUUUAAUUUUAUCAUUUUUAUUUAUUUGAUAUAGGAAAUGACUUGUAAAUUAAACUUAAUUUUAAGUAAAGUAUAUAAAUAAGAUGUGUGUGCAGGCUUAGUUUAUGCCUGCACAAACAGACACAAAAGUAAACGCAUUAUCAAUCUUUCAUGUUUCGGAUUUUACCUGCACUUUUGAGUUUAUUCGAAAAAUAUAUAGAGUAAGACUGCGUUUGAAAUAACUACUAGUGUGCACACGAGCGUGAUUUUAUUUGUUUCAUAUAAUGACUGAUAAAAAUAAAAUGUACACAAGUGGAUGUUCCGAACGCCACUUAAAUUCAGAGUAAGUA